UCCAUUCUUGUCCUCUCUAACUUACGCGCCACCCGCCACCGAAAUCAACUAUUCUCCUCGCCUCCCCACAUUCUCAAGAGUCUUUUCGCCUUUGCCUCUGCUCUCUCUGGCCUCCUCCGGCAAUGGCAUCCCCGCGAAUCCUCCUCUGCGGCGACGUCCUCGGCCGCCUCGGCCAGCUCUUCAAGCGCGUCUCCUCGGUGAACAAAUCUGCUGGGCCCUUCGACGCGCUGCUGUGCGUGGGUCAGUUCUUUCCCGACUCGCCGGAGCGGCUGGAGGAGUUCGUGGACUACGUUGAAGGUCGGUCCCAAAUCCCUCUGCCUACUUACUUCAUCGGAGACUACGGUGUUGGAGCCGCGAAGGUGCUGUUGGCAGCCUCGAAGAAUCACGCUAAUGCUGGGUUUAAGAUGGACGGCUUGAAGAUAUGCGAGAACCUGUACUGGUUGAAAGGCAGCGGCAAGUUUAAGCUCCAAGGGUUAUCGGUGGCAUACAUGUCUGGCAGGCAAUCUGUGGAUGGCCAACUCGGAGCAUAUAGUCAAGACGAUGUAGAUGCUUUGCGGGCAUUGGCCGAGGAACCUGGAAUUGUUGAUAUAUUGUUAACUAAUGAGUGGCCAAGCGGUAUAACGAACAGAGCCACCAUAGAUGAUAUGCCUUCAGGAAUAUCUGACUCUUCCGGCAGUGAUCCUACUGUUGCAGAAUUGGUAGCUGAGAUCAAACCACGUUACCAUAUUGCUGGUACAAAGGGCAUCUUCUACGCUCGUGAGCCUUACGUCAAUGUUGAUGCUGUCCAUGUUACUCGCUUUCUGGGUCUUGCAUCCGUUGGAAAUAAAGAUAAGCAGAAAUUUCUUCAUGCAAUUUCUCCCACUCCGGCAUCUUCAAUGUCUUCUUCCGAGAUUAGCGUGAAGCCUUCAAAUACCACCUUAUCUCCAUACACAUAUGUUGGGCAAACAACUGAUGCUAAGGAGCCAGGAAAGAGGGAUAGUGAUAGCAUUUCAGAUUCCCAAUAUUGGAGGUAUGAUGUAUCCCAGAAACGGCACAAAUCUGGGGCCGGUGAAGGCGAUAAGCUAUGCUUUAAGUUUUUGUCUUCUGGCUCCUGUCUGCGAGGUGAAAAAUGCAAUUUCCGGCAUGACAUGGAAGCAAGAGAACAAUACAGGAGAGGUGUGUGUUUUGAUUUUCUUAACAAAGGAAAAUGUGAGAGGGGUCCAGAUUGUAGCUUUAAGCACAGUUUGCAGGGAGAAGGGGAAAGCCAUACACAGAGGAGCUCCAGAUCAAAGGAGUGCUGGUUUUGCUUAUCGAGCCCCAAUUUGGAGUCUCAUCUGAUUGUUAGUAUAGGAGGAAAUUAUUAUUGUGCAUUGGCCAAGGGCCCACUAGUCCCUGACCAUGUACUUAUAAUUCCUAUCGAGCAUUCGCCGAAUACCCUUUCUCCCCCUCAAGAAUAUGACAUAGAGUUGAAGAGAUUUCAGAAUAGUAUCAGGAUGUAUCAUAAGAAGCAGAAGAAGGAAGUUGUUUUCUUUGAAUGGAUUUCCAAACGGGGAACCCAUGCUAAUCUCCAGGCAAUUCCCGUUCCAUCAUCGAGGGCUAAUGCUCUUCAAAGUAUUUUUAGCUUAGCUGCUGAAAAGCUUGGGUUUAAAUUUAAAACACUAACAAGCCAUAACAGUGCUGAUGGUAGAGAAACCUUGAGGGCAGAGUUUGAUAGCAAACAGAGUCUCUUCUACGUAGAGUUACCUGAUGGUGCAGUAUUAUCACAUAAAGUGGAGGAGAAUGAGGCAUUCCCAGCUCAAUUUGGACGAGAGGUAGUGGCGGGUUUACUGAACAUGGCAGAUCGUGCUGAUUGGAGAAACUGUGCUCUGAGCAAAGAAGAAGAGAGGAAGAUGGCUGAAGAUUUUAAUAGUCGUUUCCAAGAGUUUGACCCCAAUAAGUGACUACAGCAACAAAUUGGGAGCUAACUUCUCUGCAGAUCUGAUAAGCCGACUCCAGCAACAAAUUGGGAGCUGAAUCUCUGCGCUUGCCAUCAUCUGUUCCAUCUUCCGCAUAAUGCAGGAGCAUCUGACCUUGUCGAGUACAUGAUUGAGCCUAGGCACUUUUUGGUCUUUCCAUUGGGAAAUCAUCGGAGGGCUAACUUUACAUGGAGGGUGUUGCGGGUUGGUGGGUAGAGAGUCUGUUGAAGGCAUUAUGAUGUUAAGGUAAGAUAUGUAGAAAUGCUAAAAAGUGAGGACAGUAGUUGGUUUUAGAGAUGCUAAAUUUGGGAGAAUAGGUUGUGAUUUUAAAGUUCAUGUACUUCCAUUAAAUAAGACUCCAACUCUCUUUAGUGAAGGAUUGAAAUAAUUGAUCACGUAUGUCUAGUUAAAAACUCCAAA